ACUUAACCAAUUAAACCAAAAGAAAAAAUGGCAUCUAUCAUCACCUCAGCAGCCGACGCCGCCCACUCUGCAGCAGUUAAUCUCCUUUCCGCAGCCCAAGUCACCGUCGGUGCCUCCAUUCACGACAAGGCAUCCGGGAAGAAAGUCAAGGCGAGUGGGAACCCCACUGAGGCGAUUGAUUUUAGUGAGAAGUUGAAAGAGGGGAGAGUCGUUGUCGUCGGUGUACCGGGAGCGUUCACACCAUCGUGCAACAACCAAGCACCAGGAUACAUCUCCAACGCAGCUGCGUUCAUCGCCAAAGGCAUUACAGCCAUCUACAUCGUCGCAGUUAAUGAUGCUUUCGUCGUUCAAGCAUGGAAAGAGAAGUUAACAGAGGGUAAAGACACUCCAGCCGUCCACUUCAUCGCAGACGACAAAGGCGAGUUCGUGUCCUCCCUCGGCUUGGUCUUCGACGCUUCCCCUUUGUUGGGUGGACCUCGUUCCAAACGCUUCGUCCUCGUAGCAGACCAAGGCAAAGUAACCCACGUCGCAGUCGAACCCUCCCCAGCAGACGUUACGAUCACCAGAGCCGAAACGUUCCUCGCCCAGCUCUAAACCUUCGAACUUCCCUAAGCCUUGGUCUUGGUGCAAAUGAACAGUUGAGUUUUGGAUAUGGUAUGCUCUUGUAUGCUAUGAAGAUUGUCGGGGUCGGGAAUGUUUUUCUAGGUUUCUAUGUUCUCGAUACAUGCAGACAAGAAGACAAAAAAUUCUUGUGUAAAGUUUAAAAUGAAAAACUGUAUGUAUAUUAGGCUAGGUUGUAGGUUAUAUGCACAGUAAAACCUCAAUACCG